AUGGCGGGGGCGCCGCGCGGCCAAGGCGGCGGCGGAGGCGCGGGCGAGCCCGGGGGCGCAGAGCGGGCGGCCGGGCCGGGCGGUCGGCGCGGGCUCCGGGCGUGUGGCGAGGAGUUCGCGUGCCCCGAGCUGGAGGCGCUGUUCCGCGGCUACACGCUGCGGCUGGAGCAGGCGGCCACGCUGAAGGCGCUGGCGGUGCUUAGCCUGUUGGCGGGUGCCCUGGCGCUGGCCGAACUGCUGGGCGCGCCGGGACCCGCGCCUGGCAUCGCCAAGGGGUCUCACCCGGUGCACUGCAUCGUCUUCCUGGCGCUGUUCGUGGUCACCAAUGUCCGAUCCCUGCAGGUGCCCCAGCUGCAGCAGGUCGGUCAGCUGGCGCUGUUCUUCAGCCUCACCUUCGCGCUACUCUGCUGCCCCUUCGCGCUGGGUGGCCCGGCGAGGGGCUCUGCUGGAGGCGCAGUGGGAUCCGCGGUUGCUGAGCAGGGGGUUUGGCAACUCCUUUUGGUCACCUUCGUGUCCUAUGCCUUGCUGCCCGUGCGCAGCUUACUGGCCAUCGGCUUCGGGCUGGUGGUGGCUGCCUCUCACUUACUGGUCACAGCCGCCUUGGUCCCUGCCAAGCGCCCACGUCUCUGGAGGACGCUGGGUGCCAACGCCCUGCUCUUCGUGGGUGUGAACAUGUAUGGCGUCUUUGUGCGGAUCUUGACGGAGCGCUCACAGAGAAAGGCCUUCCUGCAGGCUCGAAGCUGCAUUGAGGACCGUCUGCGGCUGGAGGAUGAGAACGAGAAGCAGGAACGGUUGCUCAUGAGCCUCUUGCCCCGGAAUGUCGCCAUGGAGAUGAAGGAAGACUUCCUGAAGCCCCCUGAGAGGAUUUUCCACAAGAUUUACAUCCAGAGACAUGACAACGUGAGCAUCCUGUUUGCAGACAUCGUGGGUUUCACAGGUCUGGCGUCCCAGUGCACGGCCCAGGAGCUGGUGAAACUGCUCAACGAACUUUUCGGCAAGUUUGACGAGUUAGCCACGGAGAACCACUGCCGCCGUAUCAAGAUCCUCGGGGACUGCUACUACUGUGUGUCGGGCCUCACCCAGCCCAAGACCGACCACGCCCACUGCUGCGUGGAGAUGGGACUUGACAUGAUCGACACCAUCACAUCUGUGGCUGAGGCUACCGAAGUAGACCUGAACAUGCGUGUGGGACUACACACCGGCAGGGUCCUCUGUGGUGUCCUGGGCCUACGAAAGUGGCAGUACGAUGUAUGGUCCAAUGACGUGACCCUGGCCAACGUCAUGGAGGCUGCUGGCUUACCUGGGAAGGUUCACAUCACAAAGACGACCCUGGCGUGCUUGAAUGGGGACUACGAAGUAGAGCCGGGUCACGGCCACGAGAGGAACACCUUCCUGAGAACUCACAACAUCGAGACCUUCUUUAUUGUGCCCUCCCAUCGGAGAAAGAUAUUUCCAGGCUUGAUUCUCUCAGAUAUAAAACCAGCCAAGAGGAUGAAGUUCAAGACUGUCUGCUACCUGCUGGUGCAGCUCAUGCACUGCCGGAAAAUGUUCAAAGCCGAGAUCCCUUUCUCCAACGUAAUGACGUGUGAGGACGAUGAUAAGCGGAGGGCAUUGAGGACAGCCUCGGAGAAGCUCAGAAACCGCUCAUCCUUCUCUACCAAUGUGGUCUAUACCACUCCGGGCACACGUGUCAACAGGUACAUCAGCCGUCUUCUUGAAGCCCGCCAGACAGAGCUGGAGAUGGCAGACCUGAACUUCUUCACCCUGAAGUACAAACACGUCGAACGAGAGCAAAAAUACCACCAGCUUCAGGAUGAGUACUUCACCAGCGCCGUUUUCCUCGCCCUCAUCCUGGCUGCCUUAUUUGGGCUUGUCUACCUUCUGAUAAUUCCACAGAGUGUGGCUGUGCUGCUGCUGCUGGUGUUUUCUAUCUGCUUCUUGGUGGCCUGUAUCCUGUACCUGCACAUCACGCGGGUCCAGUGUUUUCCAGGGUGCCUGACAAUCCAGAUCCGCACUGUUUUGUGUAUAUUCAUAGUGAUCUUAAUCUACUCAGUAGCUCAAGGAUGUGUGGUGGGCUGCCUGCCCUGGGCCUGGAGCUCUCAGUCCAACAGCUCCCUGGUGGUCCUCGCGGCUGGUGGCUGGCGCACUGUGCUGCCCGCCCUGCCUUGCGAGUCUGCGCACCACGCCCUGCUCUGCUGCCUGGUGGGCACCCUCCCACUAGCCAUAUUCCUGCGGGUGUCCUCCUUGCCAAAGAUGGUCCUGCUGUCUGCACUGACCACAUCCUACAUCCUUGUUCUGGAGCUCAGCGGAUAUACCAAGGUUGGGGGCGGUGCCCUCUCUGGGCGCAGCUAUGAGCCAAUCAUGGCUAUCCUGCUGUUUUCAUGCACGCUGGCCCUACAUGCCAGGCAAGUGGAUGUCAGACUGCGGCUGGACUACCUCUGGGCAGCACAGGCGGAAGAGGAGCGGGACGACAUGGAGAGAGUGAAGCUGGACAACAAGAGGAUCCUCUUCAACCUCCUGCCAGCCCAUGUGGCACAGCACUUCCUCAUGUCCAAUCCCCGGAACAUGGACCUCUAUUACCAGUCCUACUCCCAAGUGGGCGUCAUGUUUGCCUCCAUCCCCAACUUCAAUGACUUCUACAUCGAGCUGGAUGGCAACAACAUGGGGGUUGAGUGUCUGCGGCUCCUCAAUGAGAUCAUUGCUGACUUCGAUGAGCUCAUGGACAAGGACUUUUACAAAGACCUGGAGAAGAUUAAGACCAUUGGGAGUACCUACAUGGCCGCCGUGGGACUGGCGCCCACAGCAGGAACCAGGGCUAAGAAGUCAAUCUCUUCCCACCUUUGCACACUGGCAGACUUUGCCAUCGAUAUGUUUGAAGUCCUGGAUGAAAUCAACUACCAGUCCUACAACGACUUUGUUCUCCGAGUUGGCAUCAACGUGGGCCCUGUGGUGGCUGGAGUGAUCGGAGCUCGCAGGCCCCAGUAUGACAUCUGGGGAAACACAGUCAAUGUGGCCAGUCGAAUGGACAGCACUGGGGUCCAGGGCAGAAUCCAGGUGACGGAGGAGGUGCAUCGGUUGCUGAAGAGGUGCUCAUACCAGUUUGUGUGCAGAGGCAAAGUCAGCGUCAAGGGCAAGGGAGAGAUGCUAACAUACUUUCUAGAAGGCAGGACUGAUGGAAACAGUUCCCAUGGCAGGUCCUUUCGCCUGGAGCGGAGAAUGUGUCCUUAUGGGAGAGGUGGAGGCCAGGCCCGACGGUUCCCACUAUGUCCUGCAGCUGGACCCCCGAUCAGACCCGGGCUCCCCCCAGCCCCCACUAGCCAGUGCCUGCCAUCCACAGCAGCAGGGAAGGAGGCCUAGUGGACCCCAUGGGCCACUGGAGAUGCAUGCAAAGACGAGCGCUCCUGGGUGACACAGGCCACCACAGCUCCGGGCCAAGAUCAGCCAGAGGAGCAGUUGCCAAGUGGCUGGGCUGGAAAAGAAGCAUCGUCUAGGCGUGGCCUGAGGCCAAUGGGAGAUGUGCCCAAGCCACCCACUUGGGGCAUGCGGAGCCCUGUCUCUUCCUAGUGACCCGGUCAUACCUGACUAACGUUGGCAUUGGACCUUGGGAAUAUCUUCCACGGUCAUAGCAAAGGCUAUGGAGGUUCAGAUGGCAGAGGAGCCCACCAUGAGUGAGCCCCAAGUCAACCUGGCUUAUGGGUGACUCCAGCCCUGGUAGGCCCUGGCUUAUGGGUGACUCCAGCCCUGGUAGGCCCUGGCUUAUGGGUGACUCCAGCCCGGGGUAGCAGCUUCACGUGCCAGACUGGGAAGUUGGCCCCGCUGGGCAGGGCCACGACAGUUGAGCUGUUCAUACCAUGGGCACAGCUUAGAGCUGGUCAGGUCUUGGACAGGACAGUACAGAAAGAAUUGAAAGGCCACCUCUUGCUGCAUGAAGAGUGGCGUUGCUAACUUUCCCCAAGAACAGGCUUCUGCUAACAGCCAGAGGCGGGUCUUCUGGGACCCUCGGGUGGCCCUACAACUCCACUUGUAGCCUUUUGACCUGUGCAUUCUCUUCCAACGCCACCUGCCUGUUGGUUUCUGACUCCCGUGACAGUGGGCCCUCCUCUUCCUGUGCCCUCUGAGAAGAGGUGUGUGCUGACUUGCCUUCUCGGUGGUGUCUGGGACACUGUAACGAGAAUCGAGCCUUCCUUUAUGCUAAGAGUGAUUACCUUCUACACCCAUGAGCACUUUCCUUGCUGGAAGACAUCUUUCUCUUGAGUAGCCUUUCCUCCGCGUGGGGGUUUCAGAUUGGCAGUGUGUGUUCCUGAGUCUUAGGUAUGGUGUCCCUGCUCCAGAGUGAAGGCAAAGAGUGAUCGUGUUGACGUCAGGGGGUCUCCCACCUGCGUUUCCCCUUGACUGCCGCUGAGAUGAAACCCACACGUGUGGGGACAGCAUCUGGAAGAGCUACUAGGAAGCAGCAGGCUGGAAAUAGCGGCUUCUGGAGAUACUCAGCACUCACAGGAAGGAGGCAGGCAGCUUGCACCAGGGCAGGUGUGCAUAAGCCCGCCUGCUCAUGACUGAGUCCCAUCUUCUCACUUCUCCCCAAGGGCGUUCCCCCCUCCUGAGGUCCUGUCUUAGACUAGGGCAGAGCAAAGCCCAGCCUUCCCUGGCAGGGCACAUAUGUGGGGUCCCUAGUCUCCAGCUCAACUCUGGUUCAAGUGUGGGGCCACGCCAGGGCCUGGGUAGUUUUACAGUUCGGCCAGCACCUGUCCUGGGAGAGUCAGCCGAGUCUAGACUCAGGUCGCAUGUUGGUAGGAAGGAAGCAUCAAGUGAGGGAGAGCUGGAGGCCGCAUGCAGAGUCUCCAAGUACCUGAGACUGUAGACUGCAUCCCAGGCGCCCUAGGGUGGCGGAAGGGCAGCUGUGAAGACUGCAUGUUCUGUGUGGGCUGGCGCCUGAGGCUCAUGGUAACGUGCAGCCUCUGACCUGUACACCCUGCUCUGCUGCCUUCCUGAGGCCUUCAGGCAGCGUGGUAUGGCCCCCUGCUGUCUUUCUGUUACCCUACUCUGGCUUGAGCCCAGAGCCAGGGCCAGACUGACCUCAGCAUUCCACUGCAGCCUUCGGGGCUGGAGAGAGGUAGCUUCACCCUAUUCAGGGGUCUUCUUCCUGUGGCUUGGUAUUUUGGUAGCAGUGCUGGGCAAUGCCGAUUCCGGUAGAUCUGAGGGCAGGGAGAGCUUUCGGGUUUCUCCCAUGGUCCAGAAUUCCAUCAGAGAUUGCACUUAUAGGAAAGCUUCAGGCUGUUGGGGGAGGGGAGCCUCCAAGGACAGGCAAAAUCAUGAGCCAGAACCAGGCUAGGACAUGCAGAUUCUCACUCUUUGUGGCUCCUGCCUCCUGCCUAUUCCCAUGUUUUCCCAUCCUUGGGGCAAAUGGCUUUUCCUCAUGGACCUUUUUCACUAGGAUGUCCUCACCUGUCUGUCUGUCUGUCUUAACCAGAUUUGAAGCAGUCAGCUCAGACAGGAGCACUCAGAACAAGUGAGUAUAUUGUGGCCCUGGCUCUGUAGUGCUGUCCCUGGCCUUCUAGGUCAUUAAGGAUGGCAGAAAACCUCUAGUACAGCCUGGGUUUCCUCAGAGUGGCUUCUGGGCCUCCAGAGCUACUGCCUCCCUGAGUUAUCCAGGUUAGGGACACAGGAGGGGUUCUCAAAGAUGUCCACAGGAUAGCCUUGGACCCUGUGUGUGUUGUGUGUGUGUGUGUGUGUGUGUGUGUGUGUGUGUGUGUGUGUGUCCUUUUCUGUCAGCUAAGGAGCUUCACAAGGGGACUUAGGGUAGCCAUUGAAGGGUGAGAAAGGAUCCUAGACUGUGCCGGUGGGGUUGGUGCCGACACAUGGACUCUCAGGAGUCCACAGAAGGGUGGCUGGGUGUGAAGUCACCCACUGAAGAGACCUACGAGGACAGCACAGCUCCAGCCAACAAAGAAGCAAGCCAGGAUGCCACUCCCACAACCACGGGAACUGAAAUUGGCCCUAGCCUGAGUAAGCAGCAGGCAGUCCACCAGAACCAUCAGGGAGGAGCCCAGCGACACCUGGAUCAGACUCUGAGCCGAGAACCAUCAGGGAGGAGCCCAGUGACACCUGGAUCAGACUCUGAGCAGAGCCAGAUGAGGCCUGUAGCCCUGCACUCGCCCGGAGUGUGCAAAAUGGAGAGCACACGGGCAGGGCCACCCACCGUGUGGUCAGCAACCAGACGGAAUCGCGCUGCCUUCUCUGGGUGCAGAACUGUUCUGAAGCAGACCACAGAGGAGCCGUGGCUGGGUCUCUUCUUCAGGGGCGACAUCUCCAUCAUCAGCAAUUCCAAACCUGCCUACUUCUUGUGAGGUCAGGAACCACACGUGCAGCCAUAAUGUUCCACCGGGUUUGGUGAUAAACGACUUUCUUUUUAUUUGUGAUAAAAAUGUAUUAUAUUGCCUUAUUUAUUUUUAAUCUUGUACAAUAUUCAUGUACAAAUGUUAGAGCCAUUUGGGUAGGAUUCUCUCCAAAUUAUUUAUUUUAAGAUGCUCUGUAAAUAGUGCACCAGUUACAGGUGCUUCCUGUUCACUUGUACCAAAAAUGAGGCAAAGCCUGGCACCCAUGUCAGCCCCUGCUUGUGAUGCUGUGGCCCUUGGGAAAUGACCCCUUUGUGUUCCCUUCUCAACCCUAGCAUGCCUCCCGUGCCUGACGUUGUAGAACACAGCCCCAGAAUGCUUCCACGGGCUGUGCCAACCUGGGAUGGGCCACUCCUAGAGCGUCUAUACCUGCAGGUGUAUGGGUAUAUGUCCCCACACACCCAGCAACCCAAUUGUUUCUCAGACUCCAAAGCCACCAGGGCUUCCGGAACCCUUCUGUCAUAGAAGCAAUAACCAUAACUCUAUGCUGUAGAGACAAGUCUGGGCUGAGCGGGUCGAUACUUCGGAAACUACCCACACAUGUGAGUUGGCUACAAAGGACUGACAUUCCAGGUCCCCGCCUCUCCCAGAAGGUUCAGCUCUAGCUUCUUGGUUCCUAGAGCCAGGAUUGAUACCCCCAGAUAGCUAAGCAGACUGAGCCAGCCACCAGUCCUGGGCCCCACGCUAUUGCUCACCAAGGAAUAAAGCUUAGGGCAGCCAUGCAAUCCUGUAUCCGUGCUAUCCUUGAAUAAUGAUGCUUUAUGUGACCAAGGAUAGUAAUGGCUUGCUUCAGUGAUGCGAGCAUCGGGUAGUAAUGGUUUGUUUCAGUGGCGUGAGCAUCAAAAGGUAACAUUUCAAGGCACUUGUGGAAUGCCAUUUAAAGAAAAAGACGCCAUCUCUUUGUCAGUGCCAUCCUGGUGGAGCAGAGCUCUGUGUUGGAGAGGGCAACCCCUGAGGGUAUAACAGGAAAGAGCUACGAAUGGAGCUGUGACUAACAGGAUUCAGGCUGUGGGCUAGCUGCUAGAUGUGGCUAGCAUUCAGAGUGUCCACAUUUAUGUUGGUGCAAUCCAAAGGGCUCUGUGACACCACGCGUCCUAAGAGCGACCUGCAGAGGCUGUGCUAAUGACUUGCUUUAAUGCCUGGGUAAGAGGGGAGCAGUUUGGAUUGUGGAAUCAAGGGAGGUGUCAUUUGAUUCCCCCAGCCAUCACCACUCUUAACAAGGUAAGUUCUAGGACUCUUGGAGUCCCAGGGGUCUUGUUCACAGCCUGACAGAGCUUCAGCUUGUGUGUGUGGGGGGGCGUUACAGAGCAAGUGUGUACCCUUCACAGCGAUCAUAACUGGCAGGGAAAGAACAUUCCUACAUAUAUUGCUCAUGCCCCGGCACCAUGACAGGCUGCAGAAAUCAUGCUCACGUAUUACUUUCUUAAAUGACUGUCUAUAUGGAAUCCCCAGAAACUAACUUGCUCAUGCUCUUCAGUGGCUUCAGUUUUUACAGUGUCUCUCAUAUGCAAAUGGGUGCAUGUGCACACACAUGCACAUACAAACCAAACAAAACCAAACCCUUCUCCUUCAAGGCCUUUGCCUUGCCAAGCUAUGAUUGGCUUUGAGUGUUUCCAUAGCUCCUCAUUGGUUGGAGGUAGGUUGAUGGUUAAAAGUGUGCGUGUGCGUGUGUGCGUGAGCGCAUGCGUGUGGUUUUCAUAGGGAAUGCUGGAGUUGGUUUGCAUUCCUGGCGCCAUAGGCUGAGGGUUAGAGGAGUUGCAUAGGGAGGGCUUAGAUUCAGGGAUCUGCUUGCUGAUGCGAUGGGACCCAGCAUUCAACAGCAAAAAUUGGAGCCUCCCUCAGCUGGCCUGGGGAUGGGAAGCUAACCUCUGUUUUGGUCAGAAAGAGGCCUCCAUCCAGGAACUAAGACACCUAGACAACUAUCUUGCACACAAGUCAUUCUGAGCUUUUGGGCACCAGAGAGGAAAUGUGUUGGGAUGUUCACAGCUGACAGGACGAAUAUGGUAGAAAUAGAGGCUCUUUGGCCCUCAGCAACUCCACAUGGGACCAGUGUGGACUCAGAGGCCUAGAGCCCGGGAGCCUUGCUAGGGGCUGGCAGAGGGUGUGAGGCCUGGUCGGAGGGUCUCCACCUGGAGGUAGAGAGGGGACAGGACUGGAAGGAGAAUUCUGCAGAGUUUGAUGGCCCCAUCUAGAUGAUCUGGGGUAGUCUAGUCCUGCUGCUGGCUGCUGACAGCUGCACAGGGUUCUCGUCCUGCCCGGAGCCCAUCUGCGAUGCUCUGUGGACUGGAGGCAAGGAGGAUUCAGUAGGCUCUAGCAACUGUUUCUUCCUGCAGGGUCAGGCACACAGUGAGCACAACCUCACACUGGGUCAGGCAAAAUAGAUAGGUGAGCACACCCUCAGAGGGCACUCUGGAAUAUGUCUGGUCUCCAGUUUUCCUUGUGUGUUCACUCCUAGUAAAGGCAGGUCCAAUAAUAGGGUGUGAGAUUUGUCAUUCUGGUCCAUUUCAUAAAUACUUCAGAUCCAACUUCAAGUGCUACACUCUGUCACUAAACAGAUUAUCUAAUCAACAGGUCAUUAUGUAAUGACUAAGACAUUUGGAUUUUUAAGUUUUCUUACUAUUUUAAUCCAUUUUGUUCCACACAUACCAAAUCUAUUCAGUAGCUUGAAAAACAACAAUAAAGUAUUACUCUCGGGGCCACACUUAGUUCAAUGUGUGUUCCUGUGCACAUGUGUAAACAUGUGUGUGUGUCUUAUACAACAUAAAAUUAUUCUUCCUAGGAUGAAGAUGAUUGACUUAAGGACCGACAUUAACUUUGAGUCCAAUCAUCUUUGAGUCCAAUCAUCUUUGAGUACAAUCAUCCUUUGGGAUCCUUAGCAUCCCAUGAGCCUGCCAAUGCCCCUCUUUGGGGGAGUGGAGGAUGGGCACAUGUCCCUGAGCUAAGGCUCUUUUACAAAGGGACUGCUGUAAUAGCAGCAUUCAGGCCCAGAUACACUGAGGCAAUCUGUUGUUCCUAUUUCUUUUGUCUUGUUGGUGUGAGGGUUUGAGUACGUGUGGAAUACUCUGCAGAGAUGCUGGGAUGAGUGUCCAUCAGAACUUUGAGGAACGACAAAGUGGUACCAACCUCAGGUACAUGAGCUCUUCCCUCUCCCCCAAGUUACAGGAGCCGAUAAGGAGGCCACGCCUUCUACCUAAUGUGUCAGGUGUUGAUUGCCUGUGCUGUAUAAUGGGAAGAACAAGACUCAGGAGACUCUCCUGGGUUGUGGUUCAUAAGUGGCUGGAAAAAAAUGUCUUAAAAUUCAGAAAAUUGAGCACAGUCAUGCCACAUCCCCCGUCCUGGCCAAUGCUAAGUUGUUUAAAAUCUAAUGAAUGUACUGAGUUUUCUUCAGCAUGUUACUAGACCUGCUAAGUCCACAGUCAACCACAGGGAGGUCAGUCAUUGUAACCCAUCAGUUAGCAUCUCUGGAGGGCCUUUGGUAUGAGGGUAAAUAGAUCAAACGUUCGUUGCUAGCGUUCCCAUCUAGCUUUGCAAUUCCUGGGUGCCUUCUGUGGGUUCCUCAUCCAUGAGCAGCCUAUGGAGGAAGUGGCAGGAUAAUACUCAACGCAUGUUGUCCUGAGACUGAAACCCAGAGAGGGAGGGAGCACGCCUCACUCCCUCAUCUAUUCUAUCCAAACCUGAGUUUUCUCUUCCAGUUAGGAUUGCAAACUGCAGUCUCUAAGAACUGGGCUGCUGUUGAUGCUAUUGACUGUACAAUAAUGCUUACCUUGGUGCAGGGCACCUCGUGGAGGCUAGUCCCUUGUGGGCAGGGCUUGCUUACGCCUGCAUUUGGAGUAUGUGACCAAGUGCUGUUUGGUUGUAUAGUCCUUGGCUUCUUGUUAACUUAAAGCCAUCUGAUCCCUUUCAGAUCAGUCACAUUCCUCUAAAGUUACAGACACCAAGCAAGAAAUUAGACACCUGGCUUCAGCAAGCCCUGUUUUGUAGUGCCCUUGAUAGUCUAGAACUUUCAGGACACCAACUGCCAUUGUGUUUGGUGGGAUCUUCCUAGAACACUCUUUCCUGAAAGGCCAGCUAUCAGACAGGGACAGCGCUGAAGCAUUCCCGUAGAGCCCAAACCACACACGCUUUGCUUCCCCUCCACACAGCCAGCCUGGCUCCAGUUACAGCCCUCACCUACAAUGCUCUACAACCAUUUCUAUCAUAUGCUUCCAGCAGGCAGAGUGGUGAAGAUGCCUUCCCAGGAAUUAAAGGGAAGUCUAGGGAAGAGUUCCCCAGGAUUGCAUGGAAAGAAAGCAAGGAAGGGACUAAGAUAGAUGGCAAAAAGUAGUCAGCCCCUCAAGUACUGAGUCCCACAUGCCUUCUAAGCAUGACCUGCUGACACCAGGCAACAUCCACUUCAAAUACAUGCUUUCCAAACAUUUCCGGCCACUUACCGAGAAUUAGCAUUUCAAUGGAAUGGAGAUGCUAUCUGAGACUGAUCAAUUCCAGCAAUCUCAUAGGCUUAAUAAACUUGUAGGACUGCCUGCAGGAAGAGUUGCAGGCACUCCAUCUGCCUGUGGGUGGCGCCCCACCCCCCACGGCACCACAAUGGGAAGUGGGCCUGAUAGCAGCCAGAAUUUGUGUCUCACCUCCCACCAGCAGCCUGCACUCGACCCCAGGCACCUGAAGCACAAGUCUCAGGGGACCACGCCCAUCCUGGGGGGGGACCCCAAGGAAGCCCCCAGCAUCUCUUGCAUACACCACUGGCAGUGUGGGUACAACUGACCACCAGGAGCACACAUGCCUGGGGAGGAGGGGCCUGCUCUGUUGCCUUCAUCCCUGUUAAAACCCAGUAUAUGCAAGCCAUUUGCACUAUGGGAUUGCAUGCCAUGAAGUUCCUAGUUGUGUGCACCGUAGUUUGGAUUUGACAUUAUGUAGCAUGCCCAAAAGAAUGGGUGGGCUUGGGCUUGUCCUCAAGUCACCUCUACUGCUUGUUGGGAGCAUGGUGCUCCCCUCUGCCAGCCGAUCCCAGGUUUUGUGGAACCAGUGUGGCUCCAGCAUCUCCCAUCCACCGUCUCCCAUCAGCCCAUGCUCCCUUUCCCACCAUCCUCUCACUUAAACUGAUUGCUCACCAAUUUGCACAAAUGGGAAUGUCAUUAUGACCAUGUCCUAGCAGUAAUUCCAUCUUGAUUUAAAGUAUAAGCCCAAAGCCCACUUCUGGAUUUCCUUGUUUAAAAAAAAAAAGACAAAAAAAAAGGCAUGUAAGCACCUGUGUCCUGUGUUUAUCAAGAAAGCUUUGAGUCCCUUAGUGGGAUGGAGGGUGCAUGAACAAGGGGGCAUUUUCUCCCACACAAUAAACUCACCAGAUGUGUCCGUAGCUGGGAGAACGCAAUGAUUAUAUUCACAAUAACUCAAUAUCACUGAGCAACCUCUCACAAUAGAUUUGUAUAACCAAUACGGGUCUAUUUUUAUGUCAACUCUGUAGAGCACCUUCCAGUCUUUUUCAAGAUUGUUAAACUGAGACAAGUAAUUAAAUAAUUUGUCCUAUUUUUAUUUAAAAAGUGAAUGGACUGAGAUGUUAAUGUGAAUGUACAUUUCUUAACUGCAACUUUUCUACUGAGUGUUUGCACUAUACUCUCCGGAGUCUUAUUUAACAAAAAUAAAAGAGAAAAAUUGCUUGACUAAA